AUGGAAGGACGAAAGGUGACGUACCACAAGUUUCCAAGGGAUGAGACGUUGUUCAAGCAGUGGAUCAUCAAAAUUAAACGUGAUGAGGGACCAUUGUUUGAAGUCACAAGGCAUACAAAAGUGUGCUCGAAGCACUUCACCGAAGAUAAUUUUGUGCCAAAUGUUGCAAGCGGGAAGCGCAUCCUCCGAGAUGAUGCCGUUCCAUCUGUGUUUAGCUUUGGUGCUCCCAAGUCAAAGCCACGUCGACCCCUGGUGAGGCGUACCAUUCUGUUGGAGACAAAUAGCAAUGCUGCCGCCUUUGUUGAACAAGAGAACAUUGCCCCGCAGGAGCAACUACCGGAACGUGCCUCAUCACCUCGUGCAGACCUUCAAGCCCUGCAGGAAGAGCUUGCACACAUCAAGGAAGUUUCAGAGAGCAAGGAGAAGGCAAUCCAGAAAUUGACAGCAGAGCUUGAAGAACUCAAGACGCAACUGCAGAUGAAGACAGAUGAAAACCAUAAACUUAUACGUGAGCUUGAAAUAUGCAAGGGGCACUGUAAGAAGCUUGAAGAAGACAAAAAGCCGUUUUGUGUUGAGAGGUUUCAAUGCAGUGACAACGACUUCCAGUUUUAUACUGGCUUGCCAAAUUAUGCCACCUUUUGUGCUCUUCUGAGGUACCUCGACCCAGGCGACGUUGCUGAGAAUAUUGUCCCCUGGAAUACAGAGAGGAGCUCUUCAGAUGCUGACGCCAGUGGGUCCAGAGGACGCCCGCAAAAACUCAGUGCUGAAAAUCAACUUUUCCUUGUGCUUGUGAAGCUGAGAUUAGGCGUGUUUCACCAGCAUCUUGGUCAUCUGUUUGGCGUGUCUACGAGCUAUGUGUCAAGAACAUUAACCGCAUGGCUAAAUUUUAUGUACCUACAGCUUGGACAGCUGCCUUUGUGGCAGUCACGUGAAACAGUUGACCGCAGCAUGCCAGCAGCGUUUCUGGAGAGCUACCCAACCACGCGCGUUAUAAUUGAUGCAACGGAAGUGUACUGUGAAGCACCAAGUUCUUUUGUGCUGCAGUCAAGAACAUAUUCCAACUAUAAGUCUGCACACACGUUUAAGGGCCUAAUAGGAAUUGCACCAAGUGGUGCUGUCACGUUUGUGUCAGACCUGUUCACAGGGAGCAUGUCAGACAGAGAAUGUGUCAUCAGAAGUGGAUUUCUGCACAUGGACUUCAGUGAGAAUGACUCUGUUAUGGCUGACAAGGGGUUCAAAAUUGCUGACCUCCUUGAGCCUCUCAAUGUGCACCUGAACAUUCCACCUUUUCUGCGGCAGCCACAAUUCUCGCAGCAAGAAAUUGCUGAAACUCAAGACAUUGCAUCGCUCAGAAUUCACGUUGAGCGAAGAAUCCAGCGAAUUAAGACGUUUCAUAUUUUUGACCGACCUAUCCCUGUUACUUUGGGGCCAGUUAUUAAUCAAAUAUGGACUGUUUGUGUGAUUCUGACAAAUUUUCAGUCACCUAUUAUUAAAAGUGCUGAGUAG